CAUAGCCCCUAAUUGCCCCGGAACUCCUAAUCCCCCCCGGACCCCAGCUGCCCCACAAUGGGGGGCAAUGCCGAGAGACCCCAACACGGCCGAGGGGCAAAGGGCCCCGGAUUUGCCGGGUUUCACCCAAAUCUCACCCCUGCAUGUCACUGGCCAUGGAACCGCCACAGCUGCUGCUGGGCUGUGGUGGCGAUUCAGGGUGCAAGUCUGGGCUCUCGCCCUGGCCUAUUUGGGGGAAGUCUGUGGUGUUUUGGUCACAUUUUCAGAAGGUUCCAUGGCGCAAACCAUGCGAGGAAGGGCUGUGAUGGGAACAGAGCUGUGCUGUGGCAGGGCAGGGGUGAUGUGUGCUCCUCGUUCUUCUCCCCAGGGCAGAGUCCGAGCGCCAUGGAGGACCUGCUGGAUGUGGAGAACAAGCGGAUGGCCGACAGCUUGGCCAGCAAGGUCACCAGGCUGAAGUCGCUGGCUCUGGAUAUUGACAAGGAUGCUGAGGAACAGAACCGCUACCUGGAUGGCAUGGUAAGGACCUGGCAAACGGGACACCGGGCUUUCUGUGCAAAUCAGGGAAUUGGGAUGAGAGGUGGGACAGCAAAAGCGCUUAAGGGAGAAGCCCUAAAUCAGCACCAGGAUUGUUGGGGUGUCCUGUGCAGGGCUUUGAAGCUGGACUGGCUCAUCCUUGUGAGUCCCUCCAACUCGGGAAGUUCCGUGAUUCUGCAACGCCUCCAAGGUGUCUUUUCCUGCCAGGACUCGGAUUUCCUGAGCGUGACAGGGCUGCUGACGGGCAGCGUGAAGCGCUUCUCCGGCAUGGCGCGCUCCGGCCGCGACAACCGCCGGCUGCUCCUCGCCGUGUCCGUGGCGCUCAUCCUCAUCUUCUUCAUCCUCUACUACCUGGUGUCCCGGGCAGGGACCUGAGCCCGGGCUGGGAGGUGGCACAGGCCAGACCCCACCAUCCACAGACCUGUCCACACGUUUUCCAGAGGAGCCUCCAGCCACACCUCCACCUUCCCAGUGACU